CCCGGGCCGCCGGCCCCCGCCGCUGGCUGGCUGCGACCGCGCGCGCCGCUGGCGAUCCCCCAGGCAACUCGGCGUCACGGGAGCCCGCACCCCGACACCCUGCCCUCCCCUCUCGUCCCCAGGGCCCCGGCCAGGCCCCACCACCGCCGCCUUCCCGGAGCGUCUCGGCCCCUCCGGGCCUUCAGCACGGAACGCGGAGCCCAGGAAAGUCAGCCCGUGCGCGGGAGUGCGCGCGCGCGCGGUGGGGGCGUGGCGGCCCACAGCACCGACCCACCCGCCAGCGGGGCCAGAAACUCCGAUUCCCGGCCGGAAAGUGCGACUCGGCCGAGCCUGGAGGGACCCAGCUGGAGCCUGGCCCGCGAGCCAGGAUGGCCACCCACCAAACCCUGCUGAUAUGCCUGGGAUUGCCUCUCUUCCUCUUUCCCGGAGCCCGGGCUCAGAACCACGCCCCGCCAGGCUGCAGCCCAGAUCUCCACCCCAUCUACUACAACCUGUGUGACCGCUCGGGAGUCUGGGGCAUCGUCCUGGAGGCCGUGGCCGGGGCGGGCGUCAUCACCACGUUCGUGCUCACCAUCAUCCUGGUGGCCAGCCUGCCCUUCGUGCAGGACACCAAGAAGCGCAGCCUGCUGGGGACUCAGGUCUUCUUCCUGCUGGGUACCCUCGGCCUCUUCUGCCUGGUGUUCGCCUGCGUGGUGAAGCCCGACUUCUCCACCUGCGCCUCUCGCCGGUUCCUGUUUGGGGUUCUGUUCGCCAUCUGCUUCUCCUGUCUAUUGGCCCACGUGUUUGCGCUCAACUUCUUGGCCCGGAAGAACCAUGGGCCCCGGGGUUGGGUGAUUUUCACCGUGGCUCUCCUGCUGACUCUCGUGGAGGUCAUCAUCAACACCGAGUGGCUGAUCAUCACCUUGGUCCGAGGAGGCGGAGGAGGCGGAGGAGCGGAGCUGGGCUCCCUGAGCAACGGCAGCGCGAGCUGGGCCGUGGCUUCCGCCUGCGCCAUCGCCAACAUGGACUUCGUCAUGGCGCUCAUCUACGUGAUGCUGCUGUUGUUGGGGGGCUUCGUGGGGACCUGGCCGGCCCUGUGUGGCCGCUUCAAGCGCUGGCGGAAGCACGGGGUCUUCAUGCUGCUCACCACGGCCACGUCCAUUGCCAUCUGGGUAGUAUGGAUUGUCAUGUACACCUACGGCAACCAGCAACACAACAGCCCCACCUGGGAUGACCCUACGCUGGCCAUCGCCCUGGCCGCCAAUGCCUGGGCUUUUGUCCUCUUCUACGUCAUCCCCGAGGUCUCCCAAGUGACCAAGCCCAGCCCAGAGCAGAGCUACCAGGGCGACAUGUACCCCACCCGGGGUGUAGGCUAUGAGACCAUACUGAAAGAGCAGACUGGGCAGAGCAUGUUCGUGGAGAACAAGGCAUUUUCCAUGGAUGAGCCGGGCUCAGCUAAGAGACCCGUAUCACCCUAUAGUGGCUACAAUGGGCAACUGAUGACCAGUGUGUACCAGCCCACCGAGAUGGCCCUGAUGCACAAAGGCCCGGCCGAAGGCUCUUACGACGUCAUCCUCCCGAGAGCCACCGCCAACAGCCAGGUGAUGGGCAGUGCCAGCUCCACCCUGCGGGCUGAAGACAUGUACGUGGCCCAGAGCCACCAGGCAGCCCUACCUUCCAAAGACGGCAAGAACUCUCAGGUCUUUAGAAACCCCUACGUGUGGGACUGAGGAGGCGGCCUGGCCAGGAGAAAGCGGGGCAGAUCUGGGGAGGGCCCUUGAGAUCCAGCCUGGGCCGGGACCGCUCCCUGCUGCCCCAGGGACCUUGUGCUCUGCCGCUCUUUUCUGGCUCCGGGCGGCUUGUGACUCAGAGCCAGGAGGUUCCCCCAUUUGCCAAUGUUGUUGUGUGUGGGGGUGUCCUAGAGGCCCCCACCCAUUCCUCAGUGUUUGUGGAGUCCAGGAGCCAGUCCAGCCUUAUGCUUGGGCCACUUCCUGCUCUGGCCAAAUAGUGUUCUUGGGGUGUCGGCCAGUCCGUGCUUGCACUCCCCGGAGCUCUCCGAGCUGGCACGGCGGGCCUAGAUCUUGCUCCUCUGUGAGGACCAAGGGUGCCUAAUAAACACAUUUCUGCUUUGUUAACUCA